AAUUGUUAUUUUAUUUGCUAAAAGUAAAUAUUUCCGGCAGAGUUUUGUUGUGUUUUUAUGCCCCUACUGAUUUCGGGCUCAUUUCUAAAUCCUAACUAAUCCUAAAAAUGUCGCACGACCGAAAGCGAGGCGCAAAGUCCAUCCAGCCCGUCAUGUCAGAGGCCGAGACGCAAGUUGAAGAAUUGAAAAACAAAACUAAAGCCAAAGGGGAGCAACUCAUCAAAGAAACCAUUCCAAAAAAGAUAUUGGAACUGAAUAAGUUAUUAGAGUCUGACAUUUUCUCGAUGAGUCGCUACAAGUCAGUGAUUGUCAAGUUAAAUAUUCCAGUUCCAGAGGUGACAUCGUCCCCGCGAUUAGCUAUCAACUGUGAAAAUGCUAAAAAAAGAAAGAUGGACUGCUUGGAAGAUGUUGAAAAUAUAGGUACGAAGGUGUAUUCCAUACCUGGUGGCUCGGUACCACUAAAUACUCAGCUUGCCGAUCUAUUAGAUUUAAUUAAACCACACGCCAUUGAGCAAGUUGAAAUAGCCAAUCAGGUCAAGAUGUGGAUAACAUUCAUGGUACCAAAAAUCGAAGACGGCAACAACUUUGGUGUCUCGAUCCAAGAGGAUUCUAUCACAGAAGCUCGACAGGUGGAGACUGAGGCAGCUGCCUGCCUUGACCAGGUAUCCAGGUACUUCCUAAUGAGAGGAAAAAUCGUGUCAAAGGUCGCCAAAUAUCCGCACGUUGAUGAUUAUAGAAGAGCUGUUCAAGAGUUGGAUGAGAAAGAGUUCAUCAGUGUUAAACUGGCCCUAACUGAAAUUAGGAAUAAUUACGCAAGUUUGCAUGACUUGGUCUCGAAGAAUAUGGACAAAAUAAAGAAGCCAAGAUCUGCCAACACGGAUAACAUGUAUUAGGAAUCUUGUAGAAGAUGUUGAUCGUGGGAAUGAUGAUGACGAGCAAGAUGAUGAUUGGGAUGAGAGAAUGACGACGACGAUGAAACUGUUGAUGUGGAGAGUGGUGGUGAUGAUGAUGGCUGUGAUGUUGUUCGUUGAGUGUGUUUAAGGUAUUAGAAAAUUAAUGGAUGAGUGAAUGAGUGAGUGGACGAACGAAUGAGUGAGUGGACGAACGAAUGAGUGAAUGAAUGAAUGAAUGAAUGGUGAAAAUUGGAUAACUAUACACAUGUAUUUUUAUUAUGUUAUUAUUAUUAAUGAUGAAAAAAGAGUUAUGAUAAUUAACUCGAAUUCGUAGUCUCAAUUCUGGUUUUAGUUUGGUAAGUGACGUGAUGAUGGUAUAAUUUUAACAAUAUCAUUAUUAUUAUAAUUAUUAUUAUUAUUAUUAUUAUUAUUAUUAUUGAAGUUUCAAUUGGCUUUACAAAUGUUUUUAAUAAAUUAACAAUGUCCUUUGA